AUGGCGAGACAGAAGUCCCCACCAAAGAAGAGGCCAGCAAAGCCAGGAUCCAAAGUCAACAAAGAGAUUAUGGAACUCCAGAAAUCAACGAACCUGCUCAUGAGAAAGAUGCCCUUCCAACGAGUGGUCCGAGAGGUUGUCAACGAUCUUCGCCCUGGAAACGACUAUCGAUGGCAGUCGCAGGCACUCCUCUGCCUCCAAGAAGCGACAGAGGCCUUCAUUAUUACAACCUUUGAAGUCGCCAAUCUGUACGCCCUUCACUCCAAGCGCGUCACCAUCAUGAAGAAAGACUUGGACCUUGUCAAAGCUGUCGCGCAAUUCAACCUCAAUGGAAUCAAAAAAUAA